AUGCAAAGCUGUCAUCGUGACGGUGGCACCUCAAACCAGCCCUAUAGCCAUGCUCUGGUGGCCGGAAUUGAUCACUGUUUCUACAGGAUGACAGUAGUCACUACAGAUCUGAUCGCCAAGAGACCAAAGACCAAGCCUUCUGUGAAAGUUUGUCAUUACAAUCUCCUCAUGCCCACAAGGUCCUCUGUGGACAUUCCCUUCAACAAAACCAUCAUCAACAAGGUUGUCUUUAGAGACUCGGCUCUGAAAUCCAAGGUUAGCUGA